UUUCACACGAGUCCGGUUGUUAACCGAGGAUUAUUUCUCUUGUUCGUCCAUCCACGGGAUGCAAUAUCUGGCACCGAGCAAGCGGUCGCCGAUCGAAAAAGUGUUUUGGGUGGCGAUUUUCAUCGGGUCCAUAUCGGCUUGCACGAUUUUGUCGCGAGCGAUCUAUCGAAAGUGGCAACAAACUCCGGUAAUUAUUGCAAUCAAUGAGAGGAUGACACCAAUAUGGGAGAUUCCGUUUCCUGCGAUCACCAUUUGUCCGGAGGUGCACAACUACACCGCUAGCGAGUUUCGAGUCGAGUGCGUGUACUUCGCUUAUCCGUACAAGGAGUGUGAAGUGACGACCACUUUGGUUGGUGAAAUGCCUUGUGCUACGUUCAACGUGCUGUCAGCGAGACAGAUGUUCCACCCGGAAGUGUUGUCCAAUGUCACAAACUAUCGAUACCUUCGAGACAUAACGGAAGUGUCAUCCUGGAACCUUGAACUUGGUUACAACAACAGCAAUCGUAUUCCUUCCUAUCCGAUACGUGCAUUUCGGAUAGGAACCCUGCACGGUGUCUCGGUGACCAUACAGCAACGAUCGAUCCCGGAAGCUAAUCGCCAUCGUCCAAACACGACUGCAUCGUUCCAAAUCAUCCUGCACGUGCCGAACGAAUACCCCCAAAGCUCGAACGUUUACUACGAGAUCCCAGCCAAUCAGGACGGCGAAUUGCACAUCACUCCUCACAUGACGACAACCUCCAACGAGCUGGAAGACUACCUCCCCACCAAACGGCAAUGCUACUACCAAGGUGAACGAAAACUGAAGUACUUCCAGCAUUACACCGUCGCCAAUUGCGAACUUGAAUCCAUGGACGACUACAUCACCGAAUACUGCGGAUGUGCCAUGUUCCCGGCCCCCGGACGUGAAAACAUCAGCGCGUGCAGCGUCGGCAAGGAAGACUCCUACUGUUGGAUCGCACAGCAAGAAGACAUCCAGUACAGCAUGUCUUUCGAUCGGAUCCACCUCUAUCCGAAGCCAGAAGACGACUGCCUCCCAGCCUGCACGUCGAUCUCCUACGACGCCGAUGUCACGGUUUUCCCCACCAAACGGUUCCAGCGAACGGAGAACAGCAUAACCACCACCAAUCUAUGGUUGGGCUUUCGGACGCCGCAGUUUGUCGCGUGGAAGCGGCGGGAGCUGUUCAGCGAAACCGAUCUGAUUGCCAGCAUCGGCGGUCUGGUGGGGCUGUUCAUUGGCGCUAGCCUGUUGAGUGCGAUGGAGCUAAUUUACUUCUUCACCGUUCGGCUGUGGAUGGUUGUGCCGCCCGGUGUUGGAAAGGACGGUGGUGGUAGCGGUUGUACGCGUUGUGGUAAAUGCGGUGUCAUAGGUGGUGAUCAAUGCAGUGAGAAACCGCCAGCCAGCGGCGAAGAGCGGUGAUAACUGAAUUAAAAAUUGCGCGGGGCACGUUGCGAGUUUAUUUUUAU